AUGAUAAAUUACAGUCUCCAUUUCACAGUUACAUACAAAAAACCAAAAAAAAAAAGAAAAAAAAAAGGAAGAGAAAGGCAGCUUCCUCAACGCGAGCUUGUCUUGCUCCCGUUGUCCCUCUUAACCCCCUUAUAGCUUGCGCCUUAAUCUUCACUCUUCAGCAGGAACAACCUCCUCCAAACAGAAUGGCUCAAGAAGAUAAUCCAUUUCCUUUUCAGGAGACGUCUGCUUUUCUAGACGAAUUUGAACAGCUCUUCAAUGAAGCUAAAGCAACAGCCACUGUCAGGGUUGAAAUCAUUGCACGAUUGAGAAAGAUAAAAGUUUUCACUAUUGCAUAUUUGGUGUUUAGAUUGAUGGUAAUUUGCAUGUUUGGUGUUUAAAUUUAUGGUAAUUUUCUAACUUCACCAAUCCAUAGCCUGACUUGUUGCAGUUAUAUUGAUGAUGCUUUUGCUUUUGCCACCCUCUGUACCAUCUGUCUAUAC